AUGCACUGGAAAGAACGCUGCUCUAAAGGAUGCAUCAUUCGCUUUUUCAUCAUUUUUAUUUAUCUAAUUCUUGGUGCUGCCGUUGCUUUGCUGCUCAUCGUAAGCACUUUUAUUCACUGGAGCCACAGAUGGGUGGCCUCCAGCUUGUUGCCUCGAGAAGUGUUGGCAGUGUGGCCUAGUUUGGCCAGUGGGCCCAUGAUGACCGCCUUCUCGGAUCAGAUAGUCUCAGUCCUAGACUACAAUUACGGUCUUGUGAUCUGCUUGCUUGGCUGCCUUCUUCUCCUUCUCAUCUUCCACUGUCUGUCUGGCCUGGUGCGUAUUGAGAAACACCCCAUGGGGCUACUUUCUGCAAUGGCUGAGUCAACUUUUUGUUUAAUGGCCUUCAUCAUGGCAACCAUUUCGUUGGCUGGCCGACAGCCUUUCGUGCAACAAGAACUCGAACACAGACUGACCGAUCUUCUACAAAGCCACUAUAGCAUGGAAAAGGCCUGGACCCAAUUUGAUCGUAGAUCCCAGUAUCUUUUAGAAGAACGAUCCUUAAUGGUGAACUACCUGAAUUCCGACAAGGGCACCAAUGCUAGCACUACUAACUAUACAAUACUCAGCAAAACUACGCCGAUUCAAGCCGCAACGUCACAAACAGAUAGCCCCAACUUAACCUUGAAGAUGAGCAAUGUCAAGAUCCUAUUCCUAAAUAGGUUGGUGGAUGAAAUACAAAUGCAUUUCAACUGCUGUGGCAUCCUAAGCCACGAUGACUACUUAGGUGUUGCCGACUUCCAAAACCAACCAAACUUAAUACCACCAUCGUGCUGUAUGAGGCCAUACAAUCAGACCUGUCUGCGAAAUCCGACUAUGUAUAAUGCUUAUUUGGAUACAGGGUGUGGCAUGAAGAUAUGGUCUACUGUGGACCCGAUCUGUGGAGGGCUUCUUCUGAUUCUAAUCAUCAUAAAUGUUUUAAUUUCCAUUUCAAUCGUUCUCAAUGCCUAUCUACUAAAGCUCAUGCAUAAAAAAUAA